ACCUUGCACCCGCGAGCGCCCCGUCCGGUGUGGGGGCAGGGGGGUUAACGGUUUGUGCAGCGAUGCGGAGGGCGGCGACGGCGGCGGGGGCCGGGUCCUGCCGCCGGCGCGCGAUCGAGGGGCUGGCGGCCGUGCUGAUCCUCUACGCGCUCCUCGUGCUCGUCCUCGAGUCGCCGCUCGUGUCCACCUCGCUCUCGGGCGGAGGCGGUGUCGGUGGCGGUGGUCCGCGGAAGCUCCACCUCUCCGGCGCCGGGGAGCGCGCGGCGCCCGCGCACCCGGCCAAGGAGCCCCGCUCCGCUUCGGUCUCCGGCCCGUCCCCGCGCGGCGUGAAUCGACUCUCCCGCUUUGUUUCCGGCCUCGACCUCCUCCUCCUCCUCGACUCCUCCCGCUCCGGCGCGCUCCGCCAGCCCAUAUCAGACGCCGUGGCGACCGGCGCCCGCGCGUUCUCCGAGCUCGAGGACCUCGACCCAGGCGCCUCCGCCCUCGCGCCGCCCUCCGGCAAGGAGUUGGAGAGGGCCACCACCCAGUGCCCGCAGUGGGUCGCGCUCAACGCCGAAGAGUUCCGCGAGAGGGGGCGCGUGGUGGAGCUCCCGUGCGGGCUUGCACUGGGGUCCCACGUCACGGUGGCCGCGACGCCUCGGCCGGCGCACGCGGAGCGGGACCCCGCGAUCACGGACCCGAGGGAGGGAGACCGGCCGAUCAUGGUGUCGCAGUUAAUGAUGGAGCUCCAGGGACUCAGGACGGUCGACGGCGAGGACCCGCCCCGCGUCCUCCAUUUCAACCCGCGCCUCCGCGGCGACUGGAGCGGCCGGCCGGUGAUCGAGCUGAACACCUGCUACCGAAUGCAGUGGGGCACCGCGCAGCGAUGUGGGGGCUGGAGGUCCCGCGAUGAUGAGGAGACUGUGGAUGGGUUGGUGAAGUGCGAAAAGUGGAUUCAGGACGAUGAGGAGCGGUCUGAGGAAUCGAAGGCAGCCUGGUGGCUGAAUCGGCUGAUCGGGCAGAAGAAGGAUGUCAAUUUCGAUUGGCCAUUUCCUUUUGUGGAGGGCCGAAUGUUCGUUCUUACUCUCAGCGCUGGGUUGGAGGGUUACCAUGUGAGCGUUGACGGGCGACAUGUGACUUCGUUUCCUUACCGUACUGGGUUUGUGCUUGAGGAUGCAACAGGCCUGUCAUUGAAUGGUGACCUCGAUGUGCAAUCAGUGUUUGCAGGGUCUUUGCCCACUAUACACCCGAGCUUUGCAUCACAGAAUUAUCUGGAGUUGUCAACUGUUUGGCAGGCCCCUCCUCUGCCUGAUGAACCAGUUGAGAUUUUCAUUGGCAUCCUGUCAUCUGGCAAUCAUUUUGCUGAGCGUAUGGGUGUGAGGAAGACAUGGAUGUCUGCUGUCCGAAAAUCAUCAAAUGUGGUGGCUCGUUUUUUUGUUGCACUGCAUGGCAGAAACGAAGUGAAUGUGGUGUUGAAAAAGGAGGCAGAAUUUUUUGGAGACAUUGUUUUUGUGCCAUUCCUGGACAACUAUGAUUUAGUUGUUCUGAAGACUCUUGCAAUAUGCGAGUAUGGGGUUCAUGUUGUCUCUGCUAAAUAUAUAAUGAAGUGUGAUGAUGAUACUUUCGUUAGACUUGAUUCAAUAGUCACUCAUAUUAAGAAGGUACCAAGUGGGAGGAGUCUCUACGUAGGGAAUAUCAAUGUUCAACACAGGCCACUGCGCCAUGGGAAAUGGGCCGUGACUUAUGAGGAGUGGCCAGAAGAGGUGUAUCCAGCAUAUGCAAAUGGCCCUGGAUAUGUUAUAUCGUCGGAUAUUGCAGAUUUUAUCAUGUCAGAAUUCACGAAGCGAAAAUUGAGGCUCUUCAAAAUGGAAGACGUGAGCAUGGGUUUGUGGGUUGAGCAGUUCAAUAGGACAAGAGCUGUUGAAUACGUUCACAGUGCCAAAUUUUGUCAGUUUGGAUGCAUCGAUGAUUAUUACACUGCACAUUACCAAUCCCCAAGGCUGAUGUUAUGCAUGUGGCAAAAGUUGCUGGAGGGAAGGCCAGAGUGUUGCAACGUGAGAUAAAAAUAAUGGAAUCAGUAGCAUUUGACCCUCAUCAAUAGUGGCAGUCUCAUUUAAUCAACAAAUUAGAAGGUUUGACUAAUGUUCUUCGUCACCCGGGAUUCGUUAAUAUAUCUUGAUGGAAUUAAUCCUCCUGGAGACUGACAUGCUGAAGUUUGCUGCGUUACAUUAAAGCUGACCCAACUUAGUUGCAACAGUGGACAAGGCAGCACAUCAGUAACCAUAUUCUCAUUUGCCCCCAACCAUAUAGGUAGAAGUUCGCAGGUGCUCUAGAGAUGCCUGAGGACUUCAUGUAUAAAUAUGAAGAGUUGAAAAUUCAGUUAAGUUAUUACUACUUCCAAUAUGGCUGAUACCUGAUAGUAGUUGCAGCUGUUGUAAACAACUCAUCAGGUAACAGGGCAAUCUAUAACAUUUAGGCCAAUUUUGUCACACGACAUCUCCUUCAGUUAUGACUUGACGUUACUAGUGUUUUCUAUUUCUUAGCACAUAUUCUUUUUUUUUUUUUGAAGAACCCCAUUUAAACCUAUGCACUUUGAUAUCAGGUAUUUAACCUUUAGACCUUUGAAACUAACACAUUUAUACCUCUAUGUCCCACUCGAUGGAUGCCAAGUAAAGCAUAGCACAUGUGCAAACCUAGCCACUCAUGCUUCUGGAGGCAGCUUUUAUUUUUGUGUUUCAAAAACUAGUACCCAAUCUGUGGUCCUUUUGACUCAUUAUGGUUUUUGACGACAUAAUCACUAAAAGAAAACUCAAUGCAUAUGUUUUGGUUUUGUUUGGUGGAGCAUGUGCAUAAGAGUUACAAGCACCACUGAACAAAUACGAAAACUUUGUUUAGGAGUUACUUUUGAACAAAUGAAAGAAAAAUACAAAUGUAAACUCUUGUGUUCUCUUUGCCACAAUAUUAAUACAUUAAGGAUAAAUUUCACAGUACUGACGCAUUAUGACCAACCUAUUACAAACUACAACUUCAAGAAAUUUUUUCACAAAACCUCAGAUUUCGAAUCACAUAACCUUACUUUGGACAAAUUCCCAUUGUAGCCAAUAGACAUAGACCAUCGCAUUCACCUGUAAGUGAAACAUGGUAGAUGCGCAUGUUACGGUGAGGGGAUGGCAAUGGAGAACUGAGGGUAAGAGCUUUUUUCACUGCUGAGGUGUGAUGGGCUUGGUAAUGGAGUUAUCUGACAAUGCACUAGUUGCUGCUACUCUAGUAUGGAUGGCUGUAGUUGCAGCUGUUGUACAAAACUCAUCAGGUAUAUGUGAGCAGUCUUGGUGAUUUUGGGCCAAUUUUGUCAUGGAACAUUUCAUUUAACCAUGAAUAACUUGGUUGUGACUUAACUUUAUUAGAGUUUUAGCACCUGACCUUUGUUUUCUGGCUUCUGCUGUGUACAAAUUAUGCUCAUGAGUCAAACUCUCCUGAUGCAACAUCUUGGAAUAUGGUAAGUUUUUUUUCGCAGUUGCUCCUUCAGGAGUUCACAGGAACCUUCUACUUGAGCAAAAUCAGAGGUGCUAUCGCCAAGAUUUGCUGUUGAUAAAUUUCUUGUAUGCUGCUUUUUGGUAAGAGGGAAAGUAUACUUGAUGAGUUGAUGUAUGUAUCUGUCGUCAUAUCUUCAUCAAUUGAAAAUUCCUGUAGGAGGAUUGCAUUUGUACCGUUAUCCUUUAGGAGGAUCUGCUUGCUGGCUUUCUCAUUACUCAUUAGAAUGGUUGACCUAUUGAUUUCUAUGUGAACUUCGUUGCUACGGAAUACUUGCAAAAAAGAUAGUGGCACAAAACUUUCAGCAGCACAUUGUCAUGAACUUUUUCGUUUCCUAGGUGAUCCCAGAUAUGUGUGAAGUGCCUGCCAGUAAAAAAAGAUAAGAUUUUUGUGAAGUGUAAAGCUUGUGCUGUUGUGCAUUCCAGGACAGUGACUGUAUUUCUACGAAAGUGCUCUCCAGAGUCGAAAAGGGUCAUAUCUAAGAAAUACUGGAACAGCAGAUUUGUUCAAGGGAAGGAAAGGACCGAAGAAGUGAACUGGCACAACGAAAGUUUGCUGCUGCUUUUGUGAGAAUAAUCAUGGGUUAGCUGGCAAACAUAUCUCUCAUCUUUUUAUGCUCUGAUUGCUGCUUUAGUUAUGGGCAUGGCACUGGCAUCGGGAAAUCUAUUCUGAACCUUUUGAGCUUGGCUUUCCAUGGUUUUGUGCAGAAUCAUUGUGGCAUGCACGUCUAACAGUGGUGUUGUAGGUUAUUGCACUACCGUUGGGUCCUGCAUGCACAUUUGCUGCUUGUGAAUUCAGAUUAAAUUGUGAUUAUCGCGAGUAGUUGACUUAUUUUUUGAAACAAACCAUUUUCUGGUUGACUUUGAAUGUGAUACGAGAUAGUGAGAAAUUGCUGAAAGGCCUGAAGCCUGUCGUUUGUAUUUGGUUGGGGUCAACCUCACAAUGUGCUACCUUUAAAGGAAAACCAUCAGUAUAUCGACCUGAUAGUGUAUUGUAAUGUAAUUCCCAUA